UACAAAAUAUAAAUAAUUAUGGAAGAGGAAUUAAAGAGGAUGGCAAAAAUCAUGAUAAAAGUAGUAAUAGUGAUUAUGAACCAGAUGAUAAUAGUGAAUCAGAGGAUAAUUAUUAUGAAAUAAAUGAAGAACACAAUAUACUUCAGGAUUGGUGUUAA